AUGUCUGUUAUAGUGGUGCGCGACCCACAUGCGUCCUGGUACACAGCAGCGCCAGGCCAGGAGAACCGAAACAUCGCGGCGGAAGCGUAUCGGGCUGCCAUCGAACACCUCAAGAAUGAGCUGGACAUCUCUCUCGACGAUUCAGUCCCUCAUAAGUUCCAAGCGUCCAUAAAGGAUGUCUUCAGCGUGGUGGAGAAUGCCAAGAAGGAUUACGAAGACAAGGGCAAGCAGGACAAGCAUGCAGAGAUGAGGCAAUCGCUCGAGAGGCUGUCCGGGCGCAUCAUGUACUAUGGCAAAGUCAUGGACACCCUGGCGCAGCAUCACCCGGAGUAUGUGGCUCUGGUGUGGGGUGCCAUGAAGUUCGUUCUGACGGCUCUCAUCGCUAUUGGCGACGUGCUGCCACGCAUGGAUCUGAGUGCAGAGCUGUACCAGACUCAGUACAUGGAAGCUGCACUUUCACGGCUGUUCACAUACAUCAUUCUUUUCCUCCGGCUUUGCGUGCGUUGGUACAAGAAGAGCCCUCUGGGUCGGAUAUGUUCUGCCAUCAAGACACCGUUCGAGCUUGGUUACCAAGACCUGGUGAACCAUAUCCAGGAGUGUUCGAAAGCGGUGGAUGACCUUGCCAGCGCUGGCGCUCGAGCCGAAAUCCGCGACGUCCAUACCCUAGCCAUGCUGCAACAUGCGCAGAUUCGAGAGCUUGAUGCAAAGCUGGCGGGCGUGAUGGAAGGGCAGAAGAAGUUUGCAGCCCACAUUACCCAACUUCUACAGGUUGCAACUUCGCACAAAAGCAUUACGGAGCGGAUAGGUGUCGACGUCUGUAGCAUAAGCAAGACAGUGUAUCGUCUCGAGUUCAGCAGAGUGAUGCAGUUCUUCGAACCCAAGGUAUUGCCCGAGACGGCCCUGCUCAAAGUGCGAUCACUCGUGCAUCGGGACACGACGCCAAGCUUGCCUAGCGCUAACGAACAGAGAGUGCGCAAAACCAUCCUGAAUUGGGCUUUUGGGAAGAGGUCGUCGCUUCUCGUCGUUCAAGUCGGCAUUCGUGCGCAAAAGCAAGCGAAAGAGCUGGCAACGAAUGUGAUCCAGAGCAUGAAGCUCGGAAGUCAACACGUGUUCUGGAACCUACCUUCGGGCCGCACGUCUUCAGACGCGCAAACCAUCGAGGAGCUGUUCAGAGGGAUCAUCUUCCAGGUACUUCAACACUCGGGUGAUCUGUUCAACAGCUGUGCCGAGCAGUUGAACCUCUCAAAGAUCCACGCUACUCAUACGGAGCGCGAAUGGGUCGAUCUUGUCUGCCUCCUCUUUUCCAAAUUACCGACAGCCUUCGUAAUAAUCGAGACCGAAGCGCUUCAGAAGACCUACCGACACGAUCCUGACUGGAGCAAACGACUUUGCCAGUAUCUUGAAAUGAUCGCUGACCGAAGCUCAGAAGCAGGUUGUGAGCUGAAAAUCUUGCUCGUCCUGUAUGGAAACUCUCAUCGAGGCGGUGCGGCUGCUUCAAACUCGAAGAACGUCCGUGUCGCGACUUUGCAGCCGCCAAAUCCAGUGCCUCCACAUCUGCGGCACGUAGCGCGUCGAUCCGGUUUAGUAGCCAAGGAAUGGAAAAUGCAAAGGCCAAAAGGACGAAUAUAG